AUGACAACCCUAGAACCCCUCAAACAACCCAUCGCCAUCCGCCCCGAACUCAUCGCAACAGCACCAACAACCCUCAUCGUCCACCCACACAGCAUCAGCUUCUCCGGCAGCGACUUUACAAUCUCCUACCUAGAAAAUGCACCCCAACCUUCCUCUUCCUCCUCCUCCUCGCAAGCAGCCCAACCAAUCAAAAUCUUCUUCGUCGACGGCAAAACCCUUUCCUGGAGCAACACGAUGAGUUUCAUUGAUGCCUCGGGCCUGCCCAUCUUCGAACUGCAUCGCAAAAAAGCCGGCGUCACAUGGUUCGUCAGUCUCCCCAAUACAAAUGAUAAAAGUAUUGCGACGAUUGCGCCGCAGGGACAUUUGCUUAAGGAUAAGUUUGACGUUUAUAUUGGCAAUGUGGUGGAUGGCGGGAAGGAGGUUAAGCUUGAGGUGCGCGGGAAUGAUAUUUGGAAGUAUAGGACCAGUGUGUUUUUUGGGGGUGCACUUGUUAUGACGAUUAAAGUUAAGAGGUAUUAUCUUGUUUAUGUGGGGAUGGGGAAGAGGCCGGAGUGGGAGGUUAAUAUUGCGCAGGGGUUUGAUUUGUCUCUUGCUUCGAUUAUUGGGGUUCUUCUGGUCCAGGUGUUGUAUAAACCUAGUUAUCAGUCGUCUUUCAAGCCGGCCGGGUCAGGCGAGUCUAGCUCAAGCCAGCAUCCUGAUGCAAAGGGCCCAGUGAAGUCUUGA